AUGCCAAAACGCAAGGACUCUAAAUUCAAAGCUUCUGUUACCCAGAAAGUUACGUCUGCACCUUCCUCCCCAGUAACUUCUCUCGAUUCCGAAAGUGAGCCACUCGCCAUUCGUCGCCUUAAACGCCGAAAAUUCCUCGAAGACACUAGCGGUCCUCACGUCGAUAGAACGCUACGUACUCAAAUAAAUAAUCAGAUUAGCAAGUGCCCGGAAGCGUCUUCUACGGGUAACAAAUCAAGAACAGCUGCAAACGCGAACAAGGAAGAUGCCACAGUUCAUGAUCAUAUCUUUCGUAAUUUCAAAUUGAGAAGAAUUGUAAAAGAGAAUCAUGGACACGAUAUAAACGCGUUGAGUUUUUUCUUUAAUUUGGGCAACUACGAGGCACCCGUUGGGGUUGAGUAUAUAAAGUCGUAUGAUAAAAGUGGGCAUGUUGAGAGAGACAUCGCGGACACAAGUAAUAUAUUGGCUAGCGUGGGAGACGUGCAGGCUAACAUAUAUGACAAUGAGCACAUGGGAGAUCAUCUCGACAUAAUGUCCAACUUUGCUUUGAACAAAAAACCUGAAGAGGAACUAUUAACAUGCUGCUGGCUCUGCAGACAAGAUGAUGCUCUACUAGCUAUUGCUGGUAAAUCAGCCUCAAUAUACAUCCUCAGUCUUGCCCUAUCUCGAACGAUCAAGACACUUACUGGUCACACUGAUACGAUAACAGACAUCCAGAAGUAUCCUAAAGAUGAUCAGCAUUUGCUAUCUGCAUCGAGAGAUGGAAGCGUGCGGAUAUGGCGUGUAGAUGAUAAGUCUUGUUUGUAUAUAUUCGAGACUAAAGCUUCGGUUGUGUGUUGGCAUCCAUCAGGAGAGACAUUUAUUACUGGGAGUUACCACGGCGAUAUAAGAUACUGGACUACGCCCGACUUGACGAUGCCACCGAAGCGUCCUCAGGAAUUUGAUACUCAAACAUGUGAAAUUAUAUCGAGAAAGAUGCAUACCGGACAGAUCGAUUGCAUCCGAUUCGCAAAUGGGAAUGUGUUAUCCAAGUCGACAAACGGAAAGAUUGAAUACUGGAAUCCGGAAAGCAUGUCAAAGAUUCGAACGUUUCAUGUGAAAAAUAGUUCACAUUCACGGUUCGAUGUGAGUCUUGACGAAAGAUAUCUCUGUGUAGGAACAAGUAGCGGCAGUGUCUUGGUAUUUAACUUGAUAACCGGUAAACUGAUCGCAGAGCUAAACCAUCGUCGGUCAAUGAAAUCCGUGAAAUGCUGUUUAUUCUCGAGAGAUUACAAAUCUGUCAUUGCGGCCGGAGAAGAUGCUUAUAUAUGGCGAUUUGACUACAUCAGCGAUGAGACAUUGAAGGAAUGGGAGAAUUGGAAGGCCAAUUGA